CUUAUCACAAACUUCUUCAAGUCUCUUUGAUGCUUUUUCAACGCCAAAGCACCGAGCUAAAACCCUAUCAGACAUCUUUCAACCAAGAACUUUUGUGACGACACUCAGACGGACCUCGAACUCUGCGAAUGGCGGCACUGCUGCCCUCCGGCUCCGGCCAAUGGCGCUCUCUCCGACUACGAUGUCGCUCCUCCAGCCCUUCAUCUUCCAUGGCUCCCCGUUCUUCCUCUACCAACUACACCACCGGUUUCUGCUGCUGCCGGACAAUCCAGACGCCCAUGCCCCUCCCCCUUCUGCCGGAGCCACCCCAAGAAGAUAAGUUUCCCAGAAUUCCCCAGACGCCGCCGCCGCUUCGGCUCGCCGCAUCGGCGGUGGUCUUUCUCAGUUUGAGUAUUGGUUUCGGCUUCGGACCUCGAUCCUGCUCUGCGGCGGCUUCUUUGCUGGUGCCGCCUUCUCCCGCGGCCGAUUCUUGUAACUUGGAGGAGGAGAAGGUAGUUCCUAGCGAGGACGAGAAGCUGGAAAUGAAGAAAAUGGAUGAAGAAUUUGAAGAAUGGAAGUCUAAGAAGUUUUCUUUAACCGUUCCUUUGAGUGUCGUUGCUCUUCGUGACUCUGUUCCUCCUUCAUGGAUUAAGGAGUUUAUUCAGUCACAAGGAAAGAGAUCAAGAUUCUCUGUGAAGUUCAACGGAAGUCUUGAGAGUAUUUUUUCUGAUUUAUCUGUUCCCACUGGCAAAAGCAAGGCUAAGUCUUCAGCUACCAUGGUUGCUGAUGUUGUUAGUAUCGGUGAUUCCUGGCUCAACAUUGCAAUUAAGAAGGCUCUUAUUGAGCCCAUUCAAGGUGUGGAAGAGCAGGAGUGGUUUAAUAGCUUGAGCACUAAAUGGAAGGUACUUCUAUGCAGGAACUCCGAGGGUGAAAUAGAUCCUGAAGGUAAAAUUUGGUCGGCUCCAUAUAGAUGGGGCUGUGUUGUUAUAGCGUACAAUAAAGUCCAAUUUCGAAGGCACAACUUGGCUCCAAUGGAGGAUUGGUCAGAUUUAUGGCGCCCUGAACUUCGGGGAAGGAUUUCGAUGGUCGAUUCACCUAGAGAAGUAAUUGGUGCUGUUUUAAAGUACAUGGGUGCAUCCUAUAACACGAAAGACAUAAGCUUGCAAAUUCCUGGUGGUAGAGAUGCCGUCCAGCAAAAUCUAACUUCACUUGCAAAACAGGUACGUUUGUUUGAUAGCACACACUAUCUGAAAGCAUUUGCAGUUGGAGAUGUGUGGGUUGCGGUUGGAUGGAGUAGUGAUGUUCUUCCUGUUGUCAAACGCAUGUCCAAUAUUGCAGUGGUCGUCCCGAAGUCUGGAUCGAGCUUAUGGGCUGAUUUAUGGGCAAUUCCUGCAACCUCCAGAAUUGAGACACAGCCAGUUGGUGGAAGAGUUAGGGGACCCUCCCCUCUGAUCCACCAGUGGAUAGAAUUUUGCUUGCAGACUGCUCGAGCACUGCCUUUCAAGCAGGAGGUAGUUCCUGGUGCAUCGCCAGCCGCCAUAGACGGUCCUGUAGCUGUUCCUGAAGAACUGUUUGAAGGUAAACCCAGGCUGGAUUCGAACCUUGUGGGCGGAGUACCCCCACUCGAUAUUCUGGAGAAAUGUGAGUUCCUUGAGCCUUUAUCUGAUUCUAGUUUGGCUGAUUACCGAUGGUUGGGUGAGAAUAUGCAGAAGAAACCCGACCAUCGUUUGAUGGACAGAGUUCAUGACGCUGUCUCGUACCUUGUAAGAUUUGUUUCUGCAAAUCAAAGCUUAAAAAAAACUCAACCGAAACACUAAUCAACCAAGUGGCUUUUUGUUGUAUUGAGCCACAUGGGGCGUUAAAGAGCUCCGCUAUAUUUUUUUUUUUAAGAAACAAUUUAAUUGAUGGUAUGAAAUUACCAUCCAACAAAGUUACAUAAAAUCUCUUCGAGUUCAAUUUUUGUAUUAA